AUGGGCACCGCAUCUGGGAGCGACGGAACAGGAUUUCCGCUUCUGGCGAGUCGCAUGGCCAUGAGCCCCGACUACGAAACCUUCAUCUUUCGGAGGUACGACCGGCUCAGCGCGCGGAAUCUGCUUCAUCUCGAGAGCAGGCUCGCCUACCUCGACUGGAAGCUAUCCCAGGCCGACCAGGAGGCGGCGCUGAGCCAGGACAACGAGACACUCCGCUCGGUCCGUGUCUGGGAGGCCUUUGAGGACCAUGCGAGGGACCCGUCUCGGCCAGAGUUCGCUCGCAUGAAGAUAGCAGAGCAAGUUAGGGAAGCCCUACAGGAAUACCAGGAGGCAUUGUUACGCCAGAAUCAGAUUGCCAUUCUCGAAGAGCCCAAGCAACGGGCUUUGAACGUCGCGCGCUGCCAAGCGUAUCAGUCUGAAGACGACGAGCCUGGCAGGGGGAAACGCCGCCGGCCAGUCCUCGGAGGCCUUGCUGCCAGCAGACUCGACGAAAGCAACCGUCGAGAUCUCAUCGCGGUCAGACGUCUAGCAGACAAAGACCUCCUAUCGCGCUUCCUCCAGGACCACUGGAUGUUCAAGACCACGAGACUCACAGAUGAGACGGAGUACGUCGACGAGCGGCACGUCGCCUGGGUCGCCGCCGCGGUCAGCACCGUCGUCGCGACGGUCCUCCUCCUCGGCGCGAUAUUCCUGCUGCGUCUGCUGGAGAAUGAGACUUCGCAGCUGGGCGAGGGCCGAGAUAUCGCCGCGACGGCCGCGUACUCGGCUCUCGUCUAG